AUGGGCUGCGGUGCUUCCUCGAGUGCUCCUGCGAUUGAAUACAAGCACGGUAAACCAACCUUUAAGGGUGAUGAGGUUGUAAAGGGGUUUAACGAAGGCAAUGGUCUUCUUUUCCGCAUUGUAAACAAGAAGAAGAAGCAAUGGGCGUACUAUAACGAUACCACUCAAUAUGAAAUGCAUGUAAAGGUAACUUUUGGUGAAGAUUGUGAUAUUAAGGCGCUUGGCAAAACACAUUUGGAGCGAUUGGACUCUGGUGAAUAUGUGGCCACCGUCGUUGUGUAUCCUUGCGAAACAGAGAUGUUUAUUGAGGGACGUGUGAAUGGGUUUAAAGUGAAGAUGGAUGCACUUCCCCUCUCAGAAGAGUACAAGCGCCGACAGGAAGAAAAGCAAAAUAAUAAUAAUACUAAUAAUAAUGAGAAUAAUAAUAAUGAGAAUAAUAAUAAUAAUUAA